AUGCUGCCCGGACCGCUCGUCAGUGUCUACCAGCAGUACAAGCAGGACACCGACUCGGUGGCCUCGUGGCUCGCAUCCACCGCCAAGGCCUGCGGUUUUCCGGCCGAUCUGCUGAAGUCUGGCACCUGGGAUACACCCCGUGCUGCUUCUGGACGCGUCAAGGGCAAGGCCAGAAAGGAGGCGAAAGAAGCUGCCGCUGCGGGCGGAAGCAAGGCCGCCGCCUCAAAGAACGUUCCCAAGUACACUGUCGCCAUCGCCGACUUCAUCCCUCUCGCCGAGUUCGUCGCCGCGUCCAAGAAACCGCAGGCCGCGGUACCUGAAGCCUUCUCGGCUACCAUCAACCGGGUUAUUGAGGUGCGAUCCGGUUUCGGCGACCGACUGGCCGAGGAAGGGUCCACGCCCGAUGAGAACCAGAGACUGAAGCACGACUAUUUUGUCGGUGUUCUCGAAAAGGUUCGCGAUGUUUUGCGAUCCUCAAUGACGGUGUCGGCCGCGGCCGUGGCUGCUGCGGCAUCCGCCUCCGCUGGAGGUGGAGCAGGAGACGACUUGGCCAACAAGUUCAGCGGGCUCGCCGUCUACGAGCCGUCCCAGGCAUUCCUUGAUGCGCCGGAUAUACCUCGGCCGGCGCCAUUGCCUGAGGACAAGACUGUCUACGUUGCCGAGCAGCAAACUACUUUCGCUGAUGCUCUGUUUGCCUGCACCGCCAUGAUGAACGACCUCGAGCGCAUCAGGUCUACCAUCAAGUGGAUUUGGAAGAACCAGAAGGAUGGCUUCUUUGACCUCGCCGCCGCUGCAGUCGCAACAAACACGGCCAUCGACCUUGCUCGCAGCGUGUCGGAGGACGUCGUCCCCCUGUUCAAGGAUCACGGCGGCGCAUGGGGCAUUCUCAACAAGUUCUUCGUCAUGAUCUGCGUCCGCAAGGGAUAUGAUAUGGACAAGAUCUUCACUGACGGCACCGACAACUUCAACUAUGAUGCCUACGAGAUUGCGGACCAGACCUUUGUACACGCCUACCGCAUGCUUCUCAGCUUCCUCGAUGCGCUGCUGCCGACAGAUCUCCCGCUGAUCAAAGAAGGCAUCUUUGGCAAGUACGAUCCCAAGGCCGACCGCUCGAAAAUGACGGGCAAGGAGAAGGGCAAGGAGGACCAGAUCCUGCUGAUGGAGUUCUUCACCGAGCUGGUGACGGUCAUCCGCGCCGUUCCCGACUUCCCGAUCGAAGACGAGUUCCUGCGCGGCAUGCGCGAGAUGGAUAAGACACGGAGCGUCCCCUUCUACCUUGUCUUUGCGGCGCAGACCUACCUCGACAUCCACCACAUCCUUCGAGACGACAUCAACCAGAGCUUCCAAGCUGUCAUACAGGAGACCUCAACCAUGGACAACAACCUCGGCUUGCACCUCCAAUUCCACCAGAACCUCAAGGUUGACACUUGGAACGUCGCCAACGACAUGGUCCUGACGCAGCUCCAGCAGCGUAUCAAAUGGGUCGGCCGUGACCCAGUCUACCAGGCCAAGGUCAAGGUCCUCAAGCGACGCAACUGGGAUGUCCCGGAGUCGAUGAAGCCGCACCGCAUACUGGUCUACUCUCCCGUGAUCAGCGGACUCAUGCUCUUCCGCUUCCGCGCCGAGAUGUACGAGAUCGGCAUCACCGUCGCCAAUGCCUGGGGUUCUAUCCAGUACACAAACCACCUCUACAACGCCCUCCGGCAGGAGAAGCUCCUCACCACCUCCUGGCCCGACAUGGAGAUCGUGACCUCCAUCCUCGGCGAGUCCAACUUCUUUGUCGGCGGCGCCCCAGACAAUAUCGCUGAUUACCUCCGCCGCUUCUGCCUGCAGAUGGGCGUCACGGUCGCGGCCUUCACCAACCGCAAGAAGCGACGCUCCGUCAGCACAAAGGGCCUGGACUCCCGCGCGGGACCGAGAGGCAUCAAGGAUGGCGUCCCCGUGUCUAGCAUGUUCAAAGAUCGCUACGUGUACUCGACGGGCUCAGUCCACUGGACGCCCGAGCACGUCGACGACAUCGUCGCCCGCAGCGAGUGGGAGUUUGAGGGCGCCGAGGAGGACGGGGCCGUCUUCGCCAUGGAGCGCAAGGACGACGGCGCCAUCCGCGAGCAGAAGCGCGCCGCGCAGCAGGCCAAGAAGCUCAGCAGGCCCGCGGCCGAGGGCGCGCGGAUGCCGCUGCACAUGCUGGUCAGCCGGCUCGCGCUGGCGCUGCAGGCCGAGACGCUCGAGGCGGCGUUCCCGUACCUGACGCUGCACCGCUGGUGCUGGCGCAUGCUGGGCGCCGUGCGGGAGUCGUGCGACCCGCUGCUCCGGGAGCUGUUCACCCCGGCCUACAUGGAGCGCGAGUCGGAGCUGCCGUUUGUCGUGGGCUACAUCUUCAUGGCGGCGGGCCCCAAGGGCGGCGGCGGCCUCGGCGACCACCGCCUGCUGGAGAGGGCUGCGGUCACGCUGAACGAGCUGGCUGCUACGGGUGGAGGGAGCAUGUCGAUCAAGUUCCUUCAGCACUUGGGAUUUGGUAUUCAGUUUGAGACUGAGGAGGAUGAGGAGUAA